CCCACCGCUUCGCCUGCAGUGCGAACGCGCAAACAAGGAGGCAGAGAGGGAGAGGCGCCAUUGCCAACGACCGGCGAGAAGGGAAGCCUGGGACGGGAGGAGGCCGACGUGGUGAUGGCUGCGGACGUGAGCUCUGUCGCGAGGCUGCUCCGCGGCGAGGCGGGGAAGAAGGGCGGGCCGGAGAUCGUGACCAUGGAUCUCCUCGGCGGAUGCGGCGGCGCCGCGGAGGACGAGGUGGUGGACCUCGAGGUGACGGUUCCUGCCGGGUGGGAGAGGCGGCUCGAUCUCCUGUCCGGCAAGACGUUCCUGACUCCACGCCAUCCAAGCGUCCAAGACGGCCACCAAGAUCUCAACCUGCCUCCGCCGGCCUGCGCCGCGGCGGCGCAGGCCACCUCGGCCGCGGUCUGCACCCUCGACAUGGUCCGCUCCGCCCUCGAGCGCGCUGCCGCCUGGAGGCCCAUCGCCUCGCCGGCCACGUCGUCCACAUCGUCCGCGUCCACCUCCUCGUCGUCUUCCUCCGCGGGAAAGCGCAGCCGCUCGACGCCGGUCCACGCUCCGGCGCCCGCGACUCCGGCGAUGCGCGCGGCCGCGUGCCCGUCCUGCCUCACGUACGUACUCAUCGCCGAGGAAGACCCCCGCUGCCCGCGCUGCGCGGCCAGGGUGCCGCCGCUGCGAAGGAAGUCCGCCGCCCGGGACGGCAGCGGCAAGAAGCCGAGGAUUGACCUGAAUGCCGCCGCCGAUGAGACCGAGUGAAUGGAGAAAGAAAAACUUGAAAAAGGAAAUAGAAAAUCAGAAAUGAAGUUCUUUUAGCGCAAUAUAUUGCCUGACAAGAAUUACAUGAUUAUAGUAUAGGUCUAUAUAUUUGUAGAAAGUAUGAUCAUAGGAUCAAGACAGCUGGGUUACAUAGAAUUUGGACUUAUUUCGAUUUAUUUUGUUCCUUGUUUCUUCGUUUUUUGUUAAGGCUUAUAUGUACAAAUAGUAGUAGUAGUAGUAAUCUUUUUUUAAUUACAUUUUGUUGAUUAUUAAUCGGUUCAAUACUAAUAGUAGUAUGCUUGGAUACAAAAUAAUCGUGUGCAUGGUAAGUUUUAUUAAAAUAUAGAGCUGUGUGAAAUCAGUUUUGAAUAGUAACGGGAUAGAUAGAGCGAUUUAAUAUUAUGAUCCAGAAUAAACAAUAUGAAUACCUUAAUUUCUCACUUAAGUUCACUUAUGCAAUACCUUCUCCAAUUCAACUUUAUUAACUCUACCAGUGAGGCAGCGAUUGCAUUCCUAUUGGCCAAGAACCAAUGCCAAUAAAUUAUUACAAUAAAAAGAAACACAACUCUGGAUGAAGUUCACGUAUCACUACAUACUAAUUCUAUACGCAACGAUGAUUUUUUUUUUCCGGUGCUAGUAGCAGGGAGGCUCUCUCUGUAAAAAAAUGUCACAGAAUAAAAUAUUGCUACAAGGCACGGCUUGAAAAUUCUUGGAUCAUCUUGAAUAUGAAUCAUGUUCUCUGUGUCAGUUUGGCAUGUUCGUCGAAAAGUUAGUUCGAAUUGUAGAAAAUUGCAUCCGAACCAAAUUUCACAAAAUUGCUAUGGAAAAUUCACAAAUAACUUACCGGCCAUGUCAUGCGUGCUUGGUUCAAUUUGGAAAGUAAUGGUGUGACCGGGAGCUAGAGAAAAUAAACUGGUUCUAGUUCCGCGUUAGAUAUUCGUCCGGAAAAAUGUUCCGAGUGAUAGAAAGUCGUCAUGAAAGUUUUGUGUACCUGAUAAUGUCAACACUUAAAAUAACAAUUAUUUGUAGAAGGGUGUUGGUAGAAAUUGCAUGAUACCCUGUCGAGGGAUUAAACCCUAUAUUUAUUUUUAUAUGUCUAAUCAAGAUGAAUUUAUUUUAAUGUUAGAUGAUAUAUCCGUCGUUGAUUUCGUUAAUUUCUCAUCUCUGCAUUUUCGGUCUUUGUGUAGGUGCAUACGUGCGCUGCCGUUGUACUGAUUUUUAAAAAAAAAAUCACAAGUCAUCCUACGACAUCCUCGUAUCACGAGCAGCAUUUAUGGGAGGAUGGAUGGGCCCGCGGAACGAUACAGUUAAGCUAGCACGCAAUAAACAUGGCGAUGAGCGCGUAAUGAAUGGCAUUGGGCGAGUGCAAUUCAAGUAAAGCCAGGCACCGUCGAUCGGAAGCAAAUUAUAUCAAAUCUAUUCUAUAAAAAAUUCUCUUUUUAAUGAUAUAUAUUUAUUUAUUUUUA